UGUGUGCGUUUGGGGCCAUUUACGGGCUCGUAACACUGGCUCGAGGACGGAAGUUUCUGUACGGGCUGAUGCCCUGAUCUUCGCACUCCUCUUCGCCUGGAUUGCCCAACAGAUAAAACAUUCCUGGUCCCGGAUACUCAGACACUCGGGGCUGGCUUCUCGAGCACUUUCCGGUUGCACGGCUCUUUUCCACUCUCCAGCCUCUCUCACUGGGAGAAUGGAGAAUGGAGAAUGGUGAUAGUCUUUCACCAUGCAUCGGAAGAAGGUGGAUAACCGAAUUCGAAUUCUCAUUGAGAAUGGCGUAUCUGAGCGGCAGAGGUCUCUUUUUGUUGUAGUUGGAGAUCGAGGAAAAGAUCAGGUGGUUAUUCUUCAUCAUAUGUUGUCCAAAGCAACUGUGAAGGCUCGGCCCUCUGUCCUGUGGUGUUACAAGAAAGAGCUGGGAUUUAGCAGUCAUCGGAAGAAGAGAAUGCGGCAGCUACAGAAGAAGAUAAAGAGUGGGACCUUGAACAUAAAGCAAGAUGACCCCUUUGAGCUUUUUGUAGCAGCCACAAACAUUCGCUACUGCUACUACAAUGAAACCCACAAGAUUCUGGGCAACACUUUUGGCAUGUGUGUCCUCCAGGACUUUGAAGCAUUAACUCCAAACUUGUUGGCCAGAACUGUAGAAACAGUAGAAGGUGGUGGAUUGGUGGUCAUCCUCUUACGGACCAUGAACUCGCUUAAGCAGCUGUACACAAUGACUAUGGAUGUGCACUCCAGGUACAGGACCGAGGCCCAUCAGGACGUGGUGGGAAGGUUUAACGAGAGGUUUAUUCUCUCUCUGGCAUCUUGUAAGAAGUGUCUGGUCAUUGAUGACCAACUCAAUAUCCUGCCCAUCUCCUCCCAUGUGGCCAGCAUUGAAGCCUUACCUCCUCAGGCCCCCGAUGAGAAUCUCAGUCCUGCUGCUCUGGAGCUGCAGGAGUUGAAAGAGAGCUUGCAGGACACUCAGCCCGUGGGUGUUUUGGUGGACUGCUGCAAGACCCUGGACCAGGCCAAAGCUGUCUUGAAAUUCAUUGAGGGGAUCUCGGAGAAGACCCUAAGGAGUACUGUUGCCCUCACCGCUGCCCGAGGACGGGGCAAGUCUGCGGCCCUGGGCCUGGCUAUUGCUGGGGCAGUGGCAUUCGGAUAUUCCAAUAUUUUUGUCACCUCCCCAAGCCCAGAUAACCUCCACACCCUGUUUGAAUUUGUAUUUAAGGGGUUUGAUGCUCUGCAGUAUCAGGAGCACCUGGACUACGAGAUUGUACAGUCGCUGAACCCCGAGUUUAAUAAAGCGGUGAUCAGGGUAAAUGUGUUCCGAGAGCACAGGCAGACUAUCCAGUACAUCCAUCCUGCAGAUGCUGUGAAACUGGGCCAGGCUGAGCUGGUUGUGAUAGAUGAAGCUGCCGCUAUUCCCCUCCCCCUGGUGAAGAGCUUGCUUGGGCCCUACCUGGUUUUCAUGGCAUCUACUAUCAAUGGCUACGAGGGCACUGGCCGGUCACUUUCCCUCAAACUCAUCCAGCAACUCCGUCAGCAGAGUGCCCAGAGCCAGGUCAGCACCACUGCUGAGAACAAGACCACGACGACAGCCAGAUUGGCCUCAGCUCGGACAUUGCAUGAGGUUUCCCUCCAAGAGUCAAUCCGGUACGCCCCUGGGGAUGCAGUGGAGAAGUGGCUGAAUGACCUGCUGUGCCUGGAUUGCCUCAACAUCACCCGCAUCGUUUCCGGCUGCCCCUUGCCUGAGGCCUGUGAGCUCUACUAUGUUAACAGAGAUACCCUCUUUUGCUACCACAAGGCUUCUGAGGUUUUUCUGCAGAGGCUCAUGGCUCUCUAUGUGGCUUCGCAUUACAAGAACUCUCCCAACGAUCUGCAGAUGCUCUCGGAUGCACCUGCUCACCACCUCUUCUGCCUUCUGCCACCUGUGCCCCCUACCCAGAAUGCCCUGCCCGAAGUGCUUGCAGUUGUCCAGGUGUGCCUUGAAGGAGAGCUUUCUCGUCAGUCCAUUUUGAAUAGCCUGUCUAGAGGCAAAAAGGCUUCUGGGGACCUGCUUCCAUGGACUGUGUCAGAACAGUUUCAGGAUCCAGACUUUGGAGGCCUUUCUGGUGGACGGGUUGUUCGAAUUGCUGUACAUCCAGAUUACCAAGGGAUGGGCUACGGCAGCCGAGCACUGCAGCUGCUGCAGAUGUACUACGAAGGCAGGUUCCCGUGUCUGGAGGAAAAGGUCUUGGAGACACCACAAGAAAUCCACACCGUGAGCAGUGAGGCCGUCAGCUUGUUGGAAGAAGUUAUCACUCCCCGGAAGGAUCUGCCUCCCUUACUCCUCAAGUUGAAUGAGAGGCCUGCAGAGCGCCUAGAUUAUCUGGGGGUUUCCUAUGGGCUGACCCCCAGGCUCCUCAAGUUCUGGAAACGAGCUGGAUUUGUUCCUGUCUAUUUGAGACAGACCCCAAAUGACCUGACUGGAGAGCACUCCUGCAUUAUGCUGAAGACACUGGCUGAUGAGGAUGAGGCGGAGCGGGGAGCUUGGCUGGCAGCAUUUUGGACCGAUUUCCGAAGACGGUUCCUGGCCCUGCUGUCUUACCAGUUCAGCACCUUCUCUCCUGCCCUGUCUCUGAACAUCAUUCAGAACAGGAACAUAGCGAAGUCAGCCCCACCAGUCCUAGGCCGGGAGCAUCUGGAGGCCCUCUUCCUCCCCUAUGACCUGAAGCGGCUGGAGAUGUACUCUCGGAACAUGGUCGAUUAUCACCUCAUCAUGGACCUUAUCCCAGCCAUUUCCCGCCUGUACUUCCUCAACCAGCUAGGGGACCUGGCAUUGUCAGCCGCCCAGUCGGCUCUUCUCCUGGGAAUGGGCCUACAGCACAAGUCCGUGGAUCAGCUGGAAAAGGAGAUCGAGCUACCCUCAGGCCAGUUGAUGGGGCUUUUCAACCGGAUCAUCCGCAAAGUCGUGAAGCUGUUCAAUGAUGUGCAGGAAAAGGCUAUUGAGGAGCAGAUGGUGGCAGUGAAGGAUGUGGUCAUGGAGCCUACGAUAAAGACGCUGAGUGAUGACCUGGAUGAAGCAGCAAAGGAAUUCCAGGAGAAACACAAGAAGGACGUGGGGAAGCUGAAGGACAUGGACCUCUCUCAAUAUAUAAUCCGUGGCGAUGAUGAAGAGUGGAAUGAAGUUUUGAGCAAAGCAGGGCAGAAUGCCUCCAUUGUUAGUUUGAAAAGUGACAAGAAAAGGAAACUGGAAACAAAACAAGAACCCAAACAGAGCAAGAAGUUGAAGAAGAGCGGUAACAACAGAAAGGACACGAAACUGAAGAGAAAGAAGUAGUGAGGCGAGUGGAUGCCAGACUUCUGAGCUGUGUUCUGCUGGCCAGGCAGCAGCGUGGGCAGCGACAGUACCGAGGGGCUUCAGCAGAGGCAGGCACCAUCUGCACGCCCGCCAUGGCUGGACACAAUCACUCCCGAACAGUCUGCUUAGACUUGGUGCUGGGCAAAGCUCUGGCAUUGUCAGGGGCUGUCCGCCACUGCCCCAGGUCACAGUUUCACUUUCGCUUGUUCCGGCUGUGACCUUCCUGCCCUCCAGCACACAGCUUUCUGGAGGAGUGCUCUGUCUCACUACAGACUUGCCCUGACACUCAGAGGCCCAGGGCAGUGGGACCUCUCCUGCUCUUCUGGUCCAUCCCGCCUGCGGCAGGUCUGCUGUCCUCGGGGUCCCAGGAAAGUCUGAGGCCCUUAGGUAGGCUGCAACAGCUGAGCCCCAAACGCCUUUUGGUUGCCUCUUCGUUUGGGAGAGACUAUCAAGAGAGACUGUUGCUAUGCAAGUGAGGGGAGAGAGUAUUUUUAAUACAUGACAUCUUGGAAAGGC